AUGGAUUGCAUAAUGGAAUCGAAGGGCGUCAAAGUCUUUGGGAAGGCCCUUUACGCCCUGUCACGGGUCGGGGAUGAGCUGUGGUUGGAUCCCACGGUCAAAGGGCUGGCUCUGAGAUCAGUGAAUUCAGCUCAUUCUGCUUAUGCCGGUUUCCUGUUCUCACCGCUGUUCUUCCAGCAGUACAGGAUGGAAUCACAAAUACAGCAGGGCAACGAACCACUCAAAUGCAAACUGCUCAUGAAGUCUGUGCUACCACUGUUUCGGUGUCUGACCUCCAUUGAACGCAAUGUGAAAAGAUGUCAAAUAUCAGCCAGCUUUACCAGUGACAAAGUGAUCAUCCAGUUUUUCUGCAGACAUGGCAUCACUAAAACCUACAACAUACAUUUCCAGGAAAGUGAGGCCUUGCAGGCCGUGUUUGCCCCACACCUCUGUCCUAAUAUACUGAAGGCUCCUGCCAGGCUUCUUGCUGAUAUGGUGAUGCACUUCCCUGUGUAUCAGGAGGAAAUCACUCUGUCCAUGACUGCAGUGCGAGUCAGUCUGAGGAAUUACUGCGAGGAAGGAAAGGGUCACUUAAAGAUGCACACCGAGAUGUCCUUACACCCAGAUGAGUUUGACUACUUCCAGAUUGGAGCCCUCUUGGACAUAACCUUCUGUCUGAAGGAGUUGAGGGGUUUUUUGUCCUUUGCAGAAGCGCAUUCCCUUUCUGUGUUAGUUCACUUUGGUGCAGCAGGGCAGCCUGUGUGCUUCUCCGUGGAGGACACGGUCCUUGAGGCCAACGUGGUGCUGGCGACUACUAAUGACUCUGGAAGCAGCGACUCCCCUCAGCCCGCAGAGACUCCAGCUCCCACUUCAUCCAGGUGUGCAGAUCCUGCUGCUGUAGAUGCGGGUGUAAGCGAAGGAGACGGCAACACGCCACUUGACAUUCCGGAUAUAAUAGAACUUGUUACUUCCAGCCAAGGCAGCCCUAUAAUCAACCCUCCCAGUAUGAUUCAUCUGCUGCCUCCGACUGACGACUUUAGGAGACUCUUCGUACCUAACGAGGAAUGUGCCAGUGCUGCCGCCAGUCCAGCUCCCACGACGAUCUGGUCUCUCCUGUUCAAGGCCUUGUCCUCAGAGCAGGAGAGUGAGGACGGCCGUGCUGCUGGACUGCCUGUUCUGGCAUGUUACACUGACGAGGAGGAAAGUAUGGAGGACGAAACCUGACCACGAAGCCCUUCCCUGUGAGAGCAUGGCUGGUAAAUGCGGAAGUAAUGUGCUAUAACCUUUUUGGAUUUGGAUUGAGUAUUUUUUUUCUAAGCAUGUUGUUCACAGCUGAA